AUGCCACAGGUAGCGGCCGCAUCCGCACCAGCGGAAAUUCCCGCGGAGGAACUUGAUUGGAUACAGAUGCGUAAAGAUUUUGCCGGUGUGCACGCAGAAACAACCAAAGAAAAGAUGGUGCGAAAGAUCAAAGAGAACCCGUUAGUCCCGAUCGGUUGCGCCGCCACGCUGACAGCGCUCGGCGUCGGGCUGUGGAAUUUCCGAAAGGGUCGCUCCCAGAUGUCGCAGUACAUGAUGCGUGCCCGUAUAUUGGCCCAAGGUUUUACCGUGCUCGCACUGGUCAUCGGCGUGGGCAUGACUUACGGUACCAAGGAACCGCCCAAGAAGCCCUGA